CCGACCGACCUUCCCCUCUUUCCCUUCGGUGCGCGCUCCCUCCCCCGUCCUCCCCGGGCGGGAGAGAGAGGCUCCUGCGUUGCCUCUCUCAAUGGGCAGUUUGCUGAGCGGGGUCAGCUUCAAGGAGCCCACCACGGUGGAGGACUGCGACUCUACCUGGGAGACGGACUCCGAGCCCGAGCUCCAGGACUCCGGAGGGGAAGAAGGGACGCCGCUCGAGGGGCUGGGGGGCGGAGAAGGAGGCGGCGGCGGCGGCGACCCAGCUGAGGACGAACAGCAGCAGCAGCAGCAGCAGGGGGAACCGCUCCCUGCGGCAAGCUGUCGGCCGGAAGACACCGAGCCCAGAGAAGGGGUUGCUGAGGAACCUGAAGAAGAGGAGCUCGAGGAAGACGAGGACGACGAGGAAGAGGAGGAGGAGGAGGAGGAGGAAGGAGAGGAUCAAGAGGGAGGGAGGCACGACGGAGCGGAGGCCGCCAGCACCGAGCAGGGGGAUGAUGCAAUUGAAGUGGCAGCUAAACCAAAGAGAAGCUUUUACGCUGCAAGAGAUUUGUACAAAUAUCGGCACCAAUAUCCACAGAACUUUAAAGAUCUGCGGUAUCAGAAUGAUUUGUGCAACCUCCGUUUUUACAAGAAUAAAAUUCCCUUUAAACCUGAUGGUGUUUAUAUUGAAGAAGUCCUAAAUAAGUGGAAAGGAGAUUAUGAAAAGUUGGAACACAAUCACACUUACAUACAGUGGCUUUUUCCAUUAAGAGAGCAAGGACUGAAUUUCUAUGCAAAGGAAUUAACAACAUAUGAAAUUGAGGAAUUCAAAAAAACAAAAGAAGCAAUUAGAAGAUUCCUGUUGGCUUACAAAAUGAUGCUGGAGUUUUUUGGAAUAAAAUUAAUUGAUAAAACCGGAAACGUUGCACGAGCAUCUAAUUGGCAAGAACGAUUCCAGCACUUAAAUGAGUCCCAGCAUAACUACUUGAGGAUCACCCGUAUUCUGAAGAGUCUCGGCGAACUUGGGUACGAGAGUUUCAAACCUCCUCUUGUAAAAUUCAUUCUUCACGAAGCUCUUGUGGAAGACACCAUCUCCAACAUUAAGCAAAGUGCUUUGGAAUAUUUUGUAUAUACUAUUAGAGACCGAAGAGAGAGGAGGAAACUCCUGCGGUUUGCCCAGCAGCACUACACACCCUCUGACCACUUCAUAUGGGGACCGCCGAGGAAGCAGAAGUUGGAAGGAAGCAAGCCGAGUAAAAAGCUGGCAUCACCGGUUUCUCUCCGCAGCGGUUACAUUUCUAAACAUAGAAGUGGGAGAGAAUGCAAGAAUGUGCCUGUGAUUUGUAACUCAAGUGGCAAAGCAACCAAUGAAAAAAGGGCAGAACAUGCUAAAAAGGAUGACGAUUGUGACCGGAGUAGGAAACCCACCAGCCCUGAGGUGGUUAAGCAAAGCAUUGGUGAAAAGAAUAGCAAUGCUGAUUGUCAGAACUCCAUACUGGAAGAAACUGCUAAUCCUUUGAACCAGAAGGAGAGCGUUUGCCAUCUUAAAAAACAUAAAGGCAAAAAUGAUGAAAACCUUAAUCAAGACUGCAGAAAUGCAGAACUUGUAGAAAAAGAUUGCUGUGACGGUAAAAGCGAUUCAACUAAUAUAUCAACAGAUCUGCAAGACGGCGUAGUUAAGGAUAAAAACCCAGGAGGAUCGAGCAAAGAGGAGACUCGAGCAUAGACUAAAGUGUCUCAGUUAACUUGUAUGAAAUUGGACAAGGAAAAGAAGAUCUUGAUGCUGGGCCCAGUGCUUGGCCACCAAGGGGUUAUGCUCUCUUUCAUUUGACUCUUGUUAACUGUUUGCACUUUUCAGAACUGUGUAUUAAGCUUAAAAACAACUGCAGAAUCCUCAAGCCCGAGAACUCCUAUGCUAAGCUUUGCUCUCUUUGUGGAAACUAUUGAUUUCAGUUAUCGUUUCCCCCCAUCUUAUUCUAAUAUACAUUUUUUAAUCUUAGUUAUCUGGCAGCUAGGGUUCCAAGGACGUCCAAGGAACGUCUUCUUAAUGAUAAUCACUUGGUAUGCUGAACUUCGCAAUGUCUGCCAUUGCUUGAACAACAAAAGCAGGUUCAUUUAGGCUGUACAUUCAGCAUCACCACCAUCUGGACAUAGAAACUAAACCUCGGAGACCCAGGUUCAAGUCCUACCUCUCCCAUGACUCUCACAUUGACAGCAACCUAUGUUCUCUCGGCCUCAGUUUCUCCA